AUGCAAUCCCCUUAUUGUUCUUCUUCUGAUGAUCUCAGUGAUUUGGUCGAUGAGAUCAAUAAAGAAAUUCAACUGUCCAACAUUCAUCUUGAUCCUUACUCAUUUGUCUCUCCUUCCGCUUACGACACGGCUUGGUUAUCCAUGAUCGAAGAAGACAAUAACGUCGGUGAUGAGGAGCUUAAACCGAUGUUCCAAGAUUGUCUAGAUUGGAUUAUGUGCAAUCAAAAUGCCGGGGAAGGUUUCUGGGGACACUCCGGCGGUUAUACUCCGGUGGCUGAUGCCGGAGAAGACGUCAACGAGGACAUGUACAUUCUCACUUCCACUCUUGCUUGUGUUGUAGCACUUCACAAAUGGAACAUUGGGUGUCUUCAUCUCCACAAAGGGAAGAGAUAUAUCGAAAGAAGAACGGAGAUGAUAACUGGCAAAUACCGCAACCAUGAGGGAUCUUAUCCUCGUUGGUUCGUUAUCAAAUUCACAGGAACCCUCGAGCUUGCUCAACAACUUGGCUUACACUUUGUCUUCUCUAAUCGCUGUAUUGAAAUGAUCAAAGAGAUGUUUUAUCAACGCCAAGAUAUUCUCAAAAGAGAAAAAUUGGUUGAUGAGUGUAACUAUAGACCUCUACUUGCAUACUUAGAGGUGUUACCAUCAACAUUUGUUGUCAAAAAUUUUGAAGAUAUCAUAGUUAAGACCAUCGAUACUAUCGAUGGCUCUUUGUAUCAGUCCCCUUCAGCAACUGCAUCAGCGUUUAUGCUCACUCGCAACAAAAAGUGUCUAGCUUAUCUUCAAAAUCUCGUUGAAAGAUGCCCUCAUGGAGUGCCACAAAAGUACCCUCUCAAUGAAGACCUCAUAAAACUAUCCAUGGUCAGUCUAAUCGAGAAUAUCGGUUUAGGAGAGUUCUUCGGUAAAGAGAUUGAACAUGUUCUUCAACAAGUUUAUAGGAGCUGCGAGGAAGAAUAUGUCGAGAGAAUGCCCAUUAGUUACCGAGCAGAUCAAUUGCACAAAGACUCUCUUGCUUUUCGAAUGUUAAGAAUGCGAGGUCACACCGUUUCGCCUAGACGCUUUUGUUGGUUCUUGAAUGAUCAAGAAACUCGAAAUCAUUUAGAAAGAAAUGUACACUAUUUCUUCCUCGUAAUCCUUAGUGUUUACCGAGCAACAGAUCUCAUGUUUCCGGGAGAAUGUGAGCUCGAAGAAGCAAGAGAAUUUUCCUGGAAAUUACUCGAGAAAAGUGAAUUUAUCAAUGAAAAAAUGGUGCCUAGUUUUCACAUCAAACAUGAAAUGAGUGCUCCAUGGAUGGCUCGACUCAAACAUCUUGAUCAUAGGAUGUGGAUUGAGGAAAAGAACUCAGAUGUUCUCUCAAUCGGAAAAUCCUCCUUUCUAAGAUUAAGUCGUUCAUAUAGUGACAAGCUGACUCAUCUUGCUGCAAGAAAUUUCGAGUUUCAACAAGCAAUGUAUAGACUCGAGUUGGAGGAAUUGACAAUGUGGGUAAAGAAAUGGGGACUCAAUGAUAUUGGUUUUGGUAGAGAGAAGACAACAUAUUGUUACUUUGCAACUGUGACUUCAUUGCCCUUUGAAUCUGGCAUUAAAGUUGGAAAGCUUGCAGCAAAGAGUGCCAUCCUCAUCACAAUUGCCGAUGAUUUCUUUGAUGAGGAAGGUUCUUUGGAUGAUUUGGAAGCUCUUACUAAUUCCGUUCUAAGAUGGGAAGGAGAAGAGCUUAAAGGUUAUGGCAAGAUCAUAUUUAGAGCACUUGAUGAUAUUGUAAGAGAGACUGCAGAGACUUGCCUUAAGCAUCACGGAACUGACAUAACUGACCAUCUUCGCAACAUCUGGCGUGAAACAUUUGAGUCAUGGCUACGCGAAGCCGAAUGGAGUAAGAAUGGACCAAUGCCAUCGAUGGAAGAAUAUCUUCGAAAUGGAAUGAUCUCAAUCGCAGCACACACCAUUUCUCUUUCUAUCUCAUGUCUCAUGGAACCAUGUUUCCCCCAACAUAAACUCAGACCCGGAAAGUAUGAUACGUUAACCACAUUGCUCAUGAUCAUACCUCGACUCUUAAAUGAUCUACAAAGUUAUCAGAAGGAGCAAAAACAAGGGAAGAUCAAUUCCGUGCUGCUCCACAUGAAGAGUUGUUCAGGGCUUGAGAUUGAGGACUCGUUUGUUCAUAUCGAAAAGAUAAUCGAGUCGAAAAGGAAAGAGUUUUUGGAGCAUGUACUAGUUGACGGACUAAGUGAUUUACCCAAAUCGUCAAAAGAGAUUCACAUAUCUUGUUGUAAAGUCUUCGAGAUGUUCUUCAACAAGAAGAACCGUUAUGAUUCCGACACAGAGAUGCUUCAAGAGAUUAAGAAGGCUCUCUACGAUCCCGUGACUGUUUAUAAACUCACAGAGAUGGAGCCUAUACCAUCCAUGGGACAUGAUGAUGAGUUUAUGAUUCUUCCUCUGCUUUUUAACAUUUCACCAAAGAUUCUUGAAUAUAAGAGGAAGGACCAUUACGGGGCAGCGAAAACAUCUAUGUGCUUGAGACGAAGUUUUCAUGCUCAUAAGCACGUUAUUGCCUCAAAGCUUGUUGAUCAAUGUAAGCCUCUCAAGAUUGUUGUCUCGCAGAGGAAACCGGUAACAAUGAAGCCAACGAUAUUCUCACCGUGCUUCUACUAA